CCCAGGUUCCCGAAACUCCCAGGUUCAUUUCACUUUUUCACGUUUUCCUUGCUCCCUGCCUUCUCUCUCCGUUGAAGAUGUGACGUCCUCCGCUGUCACCGCCGCCGCGGCUCGCGUCGCACGAGCUCCCUCCGUCGCCCUCAUCGCGUUUGCUCCCUUCGUUGCCAUCGUCGUACGACCUCUCUCCGCCGUGCUCUUGUCUUACGAGCUCCUUCCGCGCCGCUCUCGUCGCUGCUUCUUCUCUCCUCGCUGGAGGUUUGUCAUCAUCUCUUCUCGUCGCCGUUAGUUCAGAAGUAAACUUUCUGCAGAAAGUUCCGGCUAUUGUUCAUGGAAACUUGAAGCUCUCCGAGAGAUGGAAAAGAAUGAAAUUGAGGCUGCUCUUGAAACAAGCAGGAAGUCUUUAGCGGCUAAUGUCCUUUCCAGUGCUUCUCAGAUGUCAGAUCCUUCCAAAAGUUUUCCAGAAAAGGAAGAAAUCGUAAGUUCCAUACAAAAGCUAAAUAAAGAUUUGAUGGAUACACAGUCGAAAAAUCAGAAAAAAUGGACAAAGACAUCAAAAUUAUUGAAGAUCUAAGGCAAAGCAAUGAUUACUUAAGGGCUCAAGUAUCCUUGGUUGCUGAGAAAUCAUAGAAAAUUGAAUUCUCGCUUUUCACUACUUGCUUUCGAAUUUCUUGUAUCUUCUGCAUAAAAUGGUUAAGUAGUUUCCACUUUCAUAACAUCGUUCUUAAUAAUGUUUUUCUCUUCCAGAUGGAGCUAGCAAGAAAAGUUUUUACGGACGGAAGGGAUGUUGAUUUAGAAGAUCAAGUCAUUUCAGAUCAAUUCCAGAUUGGCUACAAUUCUUCCAGAUCAAGUCAUUUCAGAUCAAUUCCAUAUUGUCGAUAUUUUAGUUUCAUGUGUGUUUCCAUCACAGGCCUUAAAACUUGCAUGCCAAGUGGAUAUUCAUACAUUGAAGGAAUUGAACAUUUGCUUCUUUCCUUAAAGCAAAACAACUAUGAGAUGCAUGCUUUUACAAACUACCCCAUAUGGUACCAACUGAUUGAAGACAAGUUAGAACUAUCAAAAUAUUUAUCUUGGACAUUUUGUUCGUGUACAUAUGGAAAGAGGAAGCCUAAUACUGAGUUCUUUAUGGAAGCUUUGGAACAUCUUAAAGUUGAUCCAGCAAAUUGUAUAUUUGUAGAUGACAGGUUUCUUCUCUUUCUCUUUAUAUACUGUACACUAUUCGGUUAUUGUCAUCUAUAUGAGAAUGAGUAUUUAACUUUCUUUAGUUCUCAUCCUUUUCGUGUGAAUGAAUGACUAUUUACCUCUGUAUUGAGGAAUGUAUCAAGGGAAAAUGAGUUAAGAUAGAAUAUUAAAAGGUUCCUUUUUUUUUCUCCUUCUGUUUUAUGACCUUCUUUUCAGCUUAAAUAUUAAUGGAAAAUAAAAUUAACUUUGUCUAUGACCUACUUGGCUGAGGAGUGAGGAGCAGAUACUCCGGGAUGAU